GUGUCAUGCUACAUUCAGGUGCUGUCGGAAAUAGCUGAAUUUAUUGAAAGUUAAGAGCGAGUGACCAACUCUAAUAUACAAAAUCCAGUUUUCCCCUUCGCCUUUUAAGUUAGAGUUACACGAAUCAUUAAAAUCGCCUUAAAAUUGGCACGGGUCUGCCCACCGUAAUUGUCAUUGUAAGCGAGAGCAACAUAAUGAUCUGCAUAAGCUACACUCAUCUACUCGUGUGUAGCGGUACAUUAACGUGAAGUGUGAAGCUCUGACAUUAGGUCGUUCAGGGUUUCUUUUAAACAAUAUUACAUAAUCAAAAGAUAUUUCGGAGGAAAAAGAACUAAAAACUAACACAGAUUACAUUAUUUAAAAAACAUGAAGGAGUAUUACUCUAUUAAUAGUCAUACCAGUAUACUUCAUACCAAUAUCUAUAUCCUCGAAGCAUAAUAAUAUUAGCGUCCUCAAGUGACCACUUAAACAGUAGUUAAAAAUGCGACUGAUUGGAUUACGACCCAACUGUGUUUCCGUAGUUGUCCGCCCUAUUAUUUCUUCCGGAAUAAACAGAGCACUCCAAGAAGGGCGCAACACAGCGACACGAUAACAUCGUCAAAGAAACAACCUCACAGUUUUCAGUUUUUGCGGUUCACCAGUUUUGUGGUCACAGAGCGACCUCACCUCUCCAUGCUGCUGUGCCGGGUUUCGGCAGUAAGUCAUACGCUAGCUAGAUGGGGACGGAGGUCACACCGGGGAGGCGGCCUCUUCCACCGUGCUCUCUCCUUCAGCUCCAGCCGCUGUCAUGGUGUCAGUUCAGAAGAAGGCAGUGCUCAGCCCUCAGAGACAGGUUCUGCUCAGGGACUGUACCGAGACACAGUGCUCCUUCCCCGGACUGAGUUCCCUAUGAAACUGACCGGACAGAAGCUGCUGGAACGAGAACUUGAGAUCCAGCAGGAGUGUGGAUUUGCAGAACUGUACUCCUGGCAGAGAGAGAGGAAGGCUAAGAAGGAGUUCUGCCUCCAUGAUGGACCCCCAUAUGCCAAUGGAGAUCCUCAUGUAGGACACGCACUGAAUAAGAUCUUAAAGGACAUCCGUAACCGCUUUGAGAUGCUGAGGGGGCGACAGGUCCACUACAUCCCUGGUUGGGACUGCCAUGGCCUGCCCAUCGAGCUGAAGGCUCUCAGAGAGCUUCAGACCAGUGAUCUCAGUCCACUACAGAUCAGACAGAAAGCGCGGGAUUUUGCAGAGGGGGCCAUAGCUCGUCAGAAGGCUGCUUUCCAGCGAUGGGGGGUGAUGGCUGACUGGGACCAGUGCUACCACACUUAUGAUGGGGCCUAUGAGGCUGCUCAGCUGAAAGUCUUCCAGGAAAUGCACAGCAAGGGGCUCAUUUACCAGGACUACAAGCCGAUUUUCUGGUCUCCUUCAUCAAGAACGGCCUUAGCAGAGGCAGAGUUGGAAUACAACCCUGAACAUGUGAGCAGAGCCAUUUAUGCCACAUUUCCCCUGAUCACACUGCCACCUAAGAUAGCUUCAGAAAAUGGUCUGGAAAGUGUCUCUGUGUUGGUGUGGACCACCCAGCCUUGGACUAUUCCUGCCAACCAGGCUGUAUGCUACAUGCCCAAUGCCCAGUACUCAGUGGUGAAGAGGGUGGACAACUCUCAGCUACUCCUGGUGGCAACUGACCGCACAGCCAGCCUGGCAGCACUUCUGGGCACAGAGCUGGAGAGUGUAGCCACCUUCAAAGGCUCCCAACUUGAAGGUUCGGUCUGCAAACACCCCACAAUCCCUGACAAGGACGUGCCGCUCUUGCCGGCCAAUCAUGUGACUAUGGCAAAAGGAACAGGAUUGGUCCACACAGCACCAGCUCAUGGCAUGGAGGAUUACAGUGUGGCUUCACAAUUUAAACUGUCUGUGGAGUGUAUGGUGGACGAGGACGGCAAGUUCACUGAGCUAGCUGGCCCUGAGCUACAGAAUCUUUCUGUGUUGAGAGAAGGCACUGACAAAGUGAUUUCCAUGCUGAAGGAGUGUGGGGCUCUGGUGAAAGAGGAGCAUUGUGUCCACAGCUACCCGUAUGAUUGGAGGACAAAGCAGCCUGUUGUCAUCAGGCCCAGUAAGCAGUGGUUCAUCAACACAGCAUCACUCAAAGACAAAGCCAAGGAGGCGCUGCAGAAGGUAUGUGUUUUGCCAGAGUCAGCGAAGGGUAGCCUUCUUGCCACUCUGGACAGACGGACGUACUGGUGCAUCUCCAGACAGCGGAGCUGGGGCGUCCCAAUCCCCGUCUUCUACCACAGAGAGACUGGAGAGGCUCUCAUCAACAAACACACAGUGUCCCACAUAGCCAAGCUCUUCAAAGAAAAGGGCAGUGACUGUUGGUGGGAGCUUCCCAUUGAGACUCUCCUGCCACCAGAGGUCCUGAAGAAGAGUAAAGCAGGUCCAGUGACUGACUACAUUCGUGGAGAAGACGUGCUGGACAUCUGGUUUGACAGCGGAGCAUCAUGGGCUGCUGUACUAGAAGAGUCAGACUCUAGGGCAGAUGCAUAUGUGGAGGGAAAGGAUCAGAUUGGAGGCUGGUUUCAGUCGUCACUACUCACCAGUGUAGCAGUCAGGAACAAGGCACCUUACAAGUCUCUGGUGGUCCAUGGCUUUGCUGUCAGUGAGAAGGGAGAGAAGAUGUCCAAGUCUCUGGGCAAUGUUGUGGAUCCUGAUAUAGUCAUUAAUGGAGGGAAGGACCCAAGUAUGCCUGCCUACGGGGCCGAUGUGCUGCGUUGGUGGGUGGCAGAGUCGAACAUCUUCUCUGAGGUCCAGAUUGGGCCCACUGCACUCAACUCAGCCAGAGACAGCAUCAGCAAGUUAAGGAACACUCUUAAGUUCCUGCUCGGCAACCUGCAUGGCUUCGACCCAGUUUCUCAGGCUGUGGACCCCAAAGAGAUGCACUACAUUGAUCAGUACAUGCUGCACCUGCUCCGUGAGUACGGCAUGAAGGUUACAGACGCCUACAGUGAGUUUGAUGUCAGUAGGGUCAUCCGUGUCCUUCAACCCUUCAUCACCAGAGACCUCUCCAGUUUUUACUUCAGCAUCAUCAAAGACAGGUUGUACUGUGAUCCAGAGAACUCGCUGGGCAGAAGAUCAUGUCAGACUGUUUUAGAGGAAGUUCUGGACGGAGUUACCAGAUCCAUAGCUCCCAUCCUGCCACAUCUAGCUGAAGAGGUCUAUCUACAUGCACCAGGACAUGACAAAGGGGAGACAUUAUUCAAAACUGGCUGGAUAAAAAGCAGUUCUGUGUGGCGGCGACCAGGAUUGGAGGAGGCAGUGGAAGGAGCGUGUGCCAUCAGGGACUCCUUCCUGUCUUCUAUUCCAGGCAAAAAUGCUGCCCAGUAUGACCUUACUAUUGCCAUUGAACCUGGUCUGCUGUUUGAACUUAUGGAGUCUCUCCAAGAGGAGCCAACCUCCACCUCAUCCCAGCUGGCUGAGCUGAUGAUGGCAGCGCGGGUCAACUUGACAAGUGAGCUGCCCCGCGACCUGCCCUCAGAUGCCCUACUGAACCAUGGCAAUUUCCUCAUCAACCUGGAGGGUGGUGUCAUUCGUGAGGACAGUGCCUACAAAAUAGCAGCGGUGCCCACUUCUACCCCCAGGUGCCAUCGGUGCUGGCGCUAUACAGCUCAGUCAGCAGACUGCCUGUGCCCACGCUGCCAGACAGUCAUUUCACAAGCUCACUGA